AUGGCCGGUCCCGGUGGUGGUCCUCCUCGCAAGAGUCACACCAAGUCGAGGAAUGGCUGCGCUACCUGCAAAAGACGACACAUCAGAUGCGACGAGACCUUCCCGCAAUGCCGAAAUUGCACAAAGCACAACUGUCGAUGCGACUACAUGGACGUUGCCAUCGCACGCGAGCAAUCAUCCAAGGCCCGCAAAACGCCCGACCUGCUCAUGUCACCAGAGAUCGAGACGGAGAUUGAGAAUUGGCACGUCACGGGCGUGCCUCCCUUCCCCGAGCUCAUGCAUUAUCCUCGCAACACCUGGUACAAAUUGUUUCGGUCCGAUCUGCGCUUGGUGCACCAUAUCAUUGGAUUGUCGAUCGAUCUGCAUCGUCGGGGGUUUGGAGAAUGUACAAUCUGGGCUCAGAAGAUGCCGCUGUUUCUUUCCCUCGCCCUCUCCAACGACUUUGUCAUGAGCUCGAUCUUGACUCUAUCGGCGUCUCAUCUGGCGUGGAUCACACGCAAUCAAGAGACCAAGCAGCUCGCAUAUCACCAUCGCGGUAUUGCCAUCAAGGGCUUGCACAAGGCGAUUGGAUCCUUUUCCAAAGAAAACUGCGAGGCGAUCCUCGCUGCGUCGAUUUUGCUCUCCUGGCAAGCAUCUGAUUGGCAAACAUGGGCAUCUUUACAGCAAGGUCUCACAACGGUCUUGAACGCAAUGCAUCCGAUCUGGAAGCAUCAGUCGGAGCUCGCCGUACUCCUCGAGAACCAGCGUUAUUUGGGAUGCACAAAUUCGCCCAUGAUGACAGGAUACCAGUUCCAGGACGCCGACCUCGCCAGUCUGGAUCAGAUUAUUGUUGCUCUUCAGAGUGUACGAAAGAGGGUCGUUCACAACCACGAAUACUACACCCGAGUCGGAGAACUGCUCGAAUUUGUACGCAAUUUUCAGAGAGACCUUCUGUCGCAAACGCCGCAGCAGGCCUUUGACCGUGUCCAGCCGUUGCGAGAGUGGCUGUUUUGGCUCCCUCCCGCCAUGCUGCGGGGUGGAGAUGCCGAUAUUGGCGCUUUAGCCAUUCUAGCCCAGUUCUACGGCGUCGGAGUGGCCUUGGAUAGUCUGUUUCCAGACAUGGGAGGUGCCUACCUGGGCCCCGUAUCUGUGGACUCAGUGGAGGAGAUCUACCGCAUCAUCGUGACCAGGAGCUCGGCCGAUCCUUUCAGCCCUGAAUUGCAGCUGGCCAUGAGCCUGAUGGACCUUCCCCGACAUCUCGUUGCCAGAUACAAGAGCCGCCUGCAGUGGUCCCGGCGGCAGUCAUUCGAUCACUGCUCCCCAACCCCACCGAGCCCGUACAACAACAACUAUCAUGAAUAUCGCCUUGCAUCUUCCUCCUCACCAUCCUCGAGCUCCGCCACCUAUGCGCCUUAUACACCGCCUCUCCAGUCCCCCCUCCACUCGCCCACAACGGUAACGAUUGCCAGCUCGCCAUUUGAUACUGCAGGGACGUAUGUGACCGCACCGGGCUCACAUAUUCUCUACCCGCCAUCUCCUCGUCUCCUCUCCGAACCCACCUCCCUCCAACACUCUCCCGCUUUUGCACCGCCCUAUCUUGCCAACAUGCUCUGCGGGGACAUCCCGCGGGCCGAUGGCACCCUGGACUUGAGCCUGGGGCUCUAUGGUGAUACCCAAUCGAUGCACGUUGCCACGCUGACCGUGACGACGGAACCCUGGACCGGAACCAUUUGCACCUGA